AUGACCAUGGAACCUGUCAAACGAAUUUUAUCCCAACGAUCAACGAAAAGUUACCUCGAGAACGUCAUUGUAUCUUUGAACGAUAAUGGGCCGUUGGUUGGCCCGUCCUUAGAAGUCAUGGAUUCGCAAACCGAACCAAGCGACAACCAACAUCACCUUUCCCGUCACCAUGAUUCGUCUUCUGCAUUAUCACAUACCAUUAUAGAAAAAGAGCCUGGAAAUAUAGACCUAUUUUCAAAGUUUCAGUCAUCUCCGACGAAACAAACAAACCAGGCACAUCAAAAUAGAAAGCGGUGGCGAUUUUGGAGUCAUAAAGAGGAACAACAAAAAAAGGAAGACUUUUCUGAUCCGAAACAAUUUCCCCGCUACAAGAAAAAUAUGAUUUUGUUGGUGGUAGCCUUAGCAGGAUCAGUAUCACCUGUGUCUUCAACAAUAUAUUAUCCAGCAUUACUAACCAUGCAAGAUUAUUUUCAGACCAACGAUACUACUAUGAAUGCAUCAAUAUCCAUCUUCACAUUUUUUACUGCAUUUUUUCCACUCAUUUGGGCUACGUUUGGCGAUAGAAUUGGUAGUUUGUGCUGCGCACUAUCUGUGAAUGCUCAAAUGUUCAUCGUGUUUCGUGCCAUUAGUGCUGUUGGCUCAUCUUCUGCUAUGUCAAUGGGUGCAGGCACGAUAGCCGACAUAUUUGAACCGAGUGAACGAGGACGCGCUUUCUCUUAUUAUACUUGCGGCCCACUUCUUGGCCCAGCAGUUGGACCCAUUAUAGGCGGUUAUCUGAAUGAAGGGUUAGGCUGGAGAAGCAAUUUCUACUUCCUGACAAUUUUUGUGUUUUUGAAUUGGUUAGGCAUUGUAUUUGCCUUGCCUGAAACUUGGCGAGCAACCCCUUCUGAUACUGCUGCUUUACCUAUAGAAAAAGUAGUAACCAUGGAAACGUUUAAAGACGCACGAAUUAAGGGUGAUCAGAAUGUCGAAUCACCACAACAGACUAAGAGUGAUAUUGAGUCACAACAGGCAAAAACGAGAAACAAGACGAAUUUUGUAAACCCAAUCGAGGCUCUUAAUUUAUUACGCUACCCUAAUAUUGCUCUAUGCAUUGGGUUUAUCAGUGUACUUACAAAUUUUACCAGAAUAUACACCGUACAGUACGGUUUCGACUCUGGCCUUGUAGGUGUUUGUUAUCUUCCUGCCGCAGCCGGCUUGAUGGCAGGUGGUAUUAUUGGAGGUAGAACUUCGGACAAGAUCUUUAAUCGUAACAGGGAAAAGGUAAUGGCCAAAAAUGAAGAAGUUUAUCCCGAAAUGAGGUUAGGAGGACCGUACUACUAUGCUGCUAUUGUUUUGCAACUAUUUGCUUUUAUUGCUUAUGGUUGGUGCAUUGAAAAGAAUGUCCAUUUCGCAUACGGACUGGUUUGCCAGGCAUUCCUCGGAUUGGCUUUGAUGUUUCCGAACGUAGCAAUAAAUGCAUAUAUGGUAGACUGCUUCCGAAAAAGAGGAGCAUCUGUUACUGCUUGUAACAACUUUGCAAGAUAUAUCAUGGCUGGUAUCGGAUCACUUAUAGCAUCCGAUAUUUUAAAAGCCCUUGGUAGUGGCAUUCUGUUCACUGUUUGCGGUGCUGCAUUGUUUCUUACCGCUAUUAAUUUGAUCAUUGUCGAAAAAUAUCCUCAAAAAUGGUCGAUAUAUAGAGAAAAUGCUGGAAAACAAUAA